AUGGAUUUCAAUAAUUUGGAUGACCUCCUUCAUAAUCUGCUUCUGUUUAUCUUAGAAUAUCAUUGGUUGUAUAAUUUUCAAUGGAUUGGUGAUUUAUUCAAAGUUCAGAAUAGUUCAUCUGGAUGCCAUAUAUCCUCUGUUCUUGAUAAUUUACCUAUAUCUUGGAAGAGUGCAUUGCAAACUGCUAGCCUUGAAGAAUUACAGAUGUUUGUUUCCGGUAUUUCGAGCUCAUAUCAUUGGCCUGAGAGCCUUUUAAAUUUCUCUAAUCAAUGUCGUCAAUAUACACGAUUAUUAUCUAAUUAUAUUUUAUUAAAUCCUAAUCACUGUCCUCUUCAUACAUGUCAUUUGAAUGUUAACAGUAUGUGUACAGAUUUAAUAACAUCUAUAAAUGUUGAUAAAAUUGAAAGCGAUUACUUUUUAAAAGUUUCUCAAAAGAAAUCCUAUGAACUUAAACAAAUGUCUACACUGAUUCAAGCAAUCUUGUCUUCAGUAUUGAAUAAUGAAUCCCGCAUUUCAUUGAGUCAGAAUCAAAUAGUUUCUUCAAAUGAAUUAAUUGUGAAUAAUGAUGAUCAGUUAUGUGGUAAUUUUCAAACUUUUCGUUUAAUUAACGAAACGAUUUUAGAAAAGGACAAUGCUAAAGCCUCAUCUAUUGACACUGCGAUAACACUUGUUGAUAUUGGAUCAGGUUUAGGGUAUCUGCCCAACUAUGUUGGUUAUCGAUUACUGCAGUCUUAUGACCACCUAUCCGGAAAAAAUCAGCAGCUGAAAGUGAUUUCAAUUGAAUGUGAUGAAAAGCUGCAUUGUAAAGCUUUGAAAAAUCUACAAGUUUAUGAUUCUAUACAACAAACAAAACCGUUAAGUUCAGUUAUUGAAAGAAUAUUAUUUCGUGUUGAACUAUCAAAUUUAGAUUUACUGCAGACUAAGCUUCAUCAAUUGUCCUGUAAUCAAAACUAUCUUCUAACUGGUUUACAUUGUUGUGGAGAUUUAAGCCAAUCCAUCAUUGAAUUAUUCCAUAAAGAUGAAACAGCAAAGAUUUUACUACUAGUUGGAUGCUGUUAUCAUAAAAUGACAGUGGAAAAAUUCCCCACUAGUGAUUAUCUGCGCGAAGCUAUGGUGAAUUGUGACUCGACCUUCAUUAGAAAAUGCAUCUCUCCAGCUACCCUACGUUUAGCCUGUCAACAUUCACCUUUAAUUUGGUUAAAUUGGACAGAACACGAUUCAAAUAAACAUCGUAUACGUCUGUUGGCUCGAUUAAUUUUAGAUCUCACCUUAUGCAAGCAUAAUUAUUUGUCCAAUAACGAAAUUGAAGAACAUUUACACAAACGAUUAGAUCCUGUGUCACAUUGCGAGGUGAUUAAAAACCUUUUGACAACAGGUGAUGAACACGAAUUACGUAAUUGUGAUGGUCAGUCGGGAUUAUUAUUAUCAUUUGAUAAGAUUUAUACUGCAUUAAUUGAUUUCUGGAAUAGAUAUCUUUUGGAUAUUGUACACCCUGACAAACGAAUGAAUAAUAGAGACGAUGGCGAUGACACCAGUAACAUUAAUAAUCAAUAUUUUAUUGACUAUCGUGAACACUUUGAGUCUGUGUGGAAAUUGAUACCAGGUCUUUUAGCCUUACAACAAUUAUUGCAACCAUUACUUGAAAAUAUUGUACUGUUUGAUCGUUUAUGGUGUCUAAGAGAAACUGGCAGAAGUAAUAGUAGAUCUGUUACUGAUCCAUAUCAAUUUUCUGGUUAUAUUCGAAUUUUUGAUCCCUUUCUCUCACCGAGAUGUAUGGCAUUAUUAGUAUAUAAAAGUGAAUUGUCUUAA